AUGGCGUACAAGAUGCUGACUAUAAUAUGCUUCUCUGCCGUCAUCGGCACGAUCCAGUCAAGCCUGGCAGCGAUCGCUCCAGGUCCUCUCCUCGCCAAAAUCGAAAACUUCGAUCCAGCACCUCAGUACAGUUUCGCCUACGACGUGCAGGAUGCGCUUACGGGGGACUCCAAGGCUCAAUAUGAGACGCGCGACGGCGACGUCGUCCAGGGCAGCUACUCGCUCAUCGAGGCCGACGGUACUAGACGUAUCGUCGACUAUACGGCCGAUCCCAUCAAUGGCUUCAACGCCGUCGUGAACCGUGAGCCGGCCGUUGCUGCCGUGGCCGCUCCGGUCGUCGCCAAGACAGUCGUCCAGUCGGCUCCGGUUGUCAGCGCGCCAAUCGUUGCCGAGAGAAUCGCCACGGCCCCCGUCGCAGCACCAUUUCUGGCGAGGACAGUAGCUGCCGGUGCCGUUGCCGGGCCCGUGUACGCCAGGACCGUCGCCGCUCCCAUCGCCGCACCGUUAUUUCGCCGUACCGUAGCCGCCGCCCCCAUUGCCGCGCCACUAUUGAGCAGAACCGUGGCUGCCGCUCCCAUUGCCGGACCAGUAUUGAGUAGAACCGUGGCUGCUGCCCCCAUUGCCGCACCAGUCUUCAGCAGAACCGUGGCCGCCGCUCCCAUCGCCGCACCACUAUUGAGCAGAACCGUGGCCGCCGCUCCCAUUGCCGCACCUGUGCUCAGGAGGACUGUGGCCGCUGCACCUUUGGUUGCUGCACCCGUGGCCGCUGCACCCGUCGCUGCUCCCGUUUACCAAGCUUACAGUAUACCACGAGCCGUAGCUACGAGAUUAGGACUCCCCGGCAACUACGCGACCUACGCUGUCUAGACGACUUUUUAUUUACCUACGAAUUUUUAGCGACACGUGCAUUAUAUGUGUCCUCGCUGGAGUUGCAUGUGCAGUUGCGUGAUUUUGUUAAAUUGAUACCAUUGUAAA